AUGAGCUCAUCAUUGUCAAGGAAUCCGACGUCCGCCGAAGCACCACCAUCGACGGAUGCCGUGGCGGAAGGUUCGUCGAAGAAGGUGAGGAAACCUUAUACCAUCACCAAGUCCAGGGAGAGCUGGACAGAGGAAGAGCACGACAAGUUUCUUGAAGCGCUUCAACUGUUUGGUCGUGACUGGAAGAAGAUAGAAGAUUUCGUGGGUUCCAAGACUGUGAUUCAGAUAAGGAGCCAUGCUCAAAAAUACUUUCUAAAGGUUCAGAAAAACGGGACACUAGCACAUGUACCACCCCCUCGGCCAAAACGCAAAGCAGCUCAUCCCUAUCCUCAAAAGGCAUCUAAGAACGCUGAUAUAGGACCAUUAAAUGUUAGUAGCCCUUCCACAUCCGGUAUGGGAAGCUCAAGCCGAACUAUAUCAGGUUCUGAGAUUGUAGCAAAACAGCCUAUGGUGGUGCUUCAAGGUGUUCCUGAUUUUGCUGAAGUUUAUAGCUUCAUCGGGAGUGUCUUCGAUCCUGAAACGAGACUGGAUCACGUUGAAAAGCUCAAGGAAAUGGAUCCUAUAAAUUUUGAAACUGUUCUGUUAUUGACGAGAAACCUCACAGUUAACUUAUCAAACCCUGAGUUCGAAUCCGCUAGGAAAGCACUCUCAUUGUAUGUGGUGAACACCGAGCUCCCAAGCGUUACCACUGGCUCAUUUUUCCAGAACUCAACAAGCGAUCUUAACAAAGGUAUCAGCCAUUAGUUACCAAGUUUACUCGUCGGUUUUCCAUGUUUAAUAAACUUUUGAGUUAUACGUCGUCACUCGGAAUCACUAUCUUGUCAAUGAGUCAGGUCAGGUGGGGGAUUGUCGAUAGAGUGUUUAAUACGGUUUGUUGUUUUGAGGAGAAGAUACAUGGGUGAAGUUUUUGAGCUUCCGGUUUUUGACGUGGACUAGUUCAGUGAAUGGUUUAGGCUUAAUAUAUAUAUAUAUAUAUAUAUAUACAAGGGUUUCCCAUUUUCUACUAGUUCUUGGUCUUCAAGCUGUGGUUGCUGGUUAGCGGUUGCAAGGCAGCCAUAUCCUCAGCAGCCGGUUAACUCGUGUACAAAAGAUCUCUUUCUAUUUUUGUUGUUGUUGUGUUUAUAUGUUCAUCUGUUUGGUAUAUCGCUAGUUUGAUUUUUGUUCUUCUAAUCAGAUUAUAUACUACAUGUAUGCUGCU